CCCGAUUCUGCUCUUCUUCUUCCCGCUGCAGCCACCCAGAGAAAAAAAAGGGAAACCCAGCCAUGCCUUGGAAAAUUGGUGAGAUAAGUUUGGAUUUCUCCUUCUUUUCUUGCUCUAGAACACUUCUAGAACCCAGAAAUCUCUCCCCCUUUGCUGGAAAAGCCGGAUCUGCCUUGCUCUGCUUGUCUUCACCGCCGGCUGCUAGUGGGUAUGGGUGAUUUCUGGGCAUUUUUUCGAUUACGUGAUUCUUCCUGACACUGCCGCCGACUUCUUCCCCUUGCUAGGUCCGGUUCUUGCUGGAAAAUUCUGGUUCCCGAUCGUUCUGUCAGUUUAGUACGUGAAUUGAGUGCUCGGUUUUAUGCAAGUGAGGUAAGUAAAUUUAUGGUAAUACCCGUACUGUUUUAUAAGCAUGUUUUGAUUUGUUUUUGAAGUGGUGGCGGGACUAAACCCGUUUUACACAAGUAUGACUGAUUUGAAGUGAAUUGUUUUAUGCUUUUCAUUAAAUUGAGCAUGCCUACUUGAAAUUUAAGUGACCAUCCUGAUGAUCUGAAAGUGAUUGUGAAUUGUGAUUUUCCUGUUAAAUUCAGCCUGUUUUGUCUCCGAUAUGGUCAUGUUAUUCGUGUGCCCGCUAGUGGGAGGUUUAUAAACGCUAGCACAUGUCGACAUGUUACUGAUAGAACCGGUUCGUUUCUGUAACCCUACUAGUGGGGGUUAAACACUAGUAAUUUCUGUAGCCUAUCAGUGGGAGGUUUAUAACACUGGCCGUGACCUAUAGAGGAGACGUCUAUUUCGUUCCCGUACUGUAUCCGUUUUUCGUGAUUGCACUUGUUGGCAUGCUAUAAGAAGUGAAACCGAGGACGGGGAACCACAGGAAAUGACGAGUUAGAAAGCUAGCCAUUUCGAGAUUGAUAUAGAUUUUAGAAGUAAAUCAUGAUCUUGUAAACCAGAGUGUAUUUGGAGAUUUAUGAUAUCAAAGAGAAUUUUAUAAUUUGAUCUUCAGAUUUUGGUGGUAUCAGAGUGUGAUAUGAUAAGUUCCGAGCCUUGUGCACUUGUGGGACCCGUCUCAUGAGUGUACGGCGUCUGUCGCGCCUCGAAUUUGGGUUUUGGGGCGUGACACAGCCAAUCUUGGAGGAGGGCAUGAGAAGAAGGGGAAAUAGAGGAGGAAUCUAUUCUUGUUCAGUGUCAUCACUUGGUGAGCACAAGCCUUCCAACCUCGAGAACUUUGGCCACCUGAAUACAUUCCUCCAAAAAUCAUGUUUAUGGUGCUUGCUGAUAGUGAAAUUCUAGUAUAUAUCACUUCUUUAUUGUCUUUUUGAUUUUAUGUACUUGUUCUUUGCCCCUGACCUCUCCUGCCAUUGUGACGGCCAUUGAAAGCUCUAUCACCCUCGGCAGAGAAUGAACUUCCCUGACAAGCCUCUUACCCUAUGCCUAUUUGGUGUCCUGGCACUUGAUGGCAACUAUAAUCCUAAACAAAGUGGGCUUGGUUAGGCGAUUGAUGGAAAGGUUUUUGUAUAUAAUCCUCUAACCUCCCACUUCAAGUUAAGAAUUCUAGCUCAUCUUUCAAAUUUUGGUAGUCCUUAAUAUAAUGGCCAUAGUCAUAGUGAUACUCAUAGUACUUGCUUUUAUCUUUUCAAGCAGGGUCCAAUGGCAUUGAGGUUGAUCACUUUAUUU